AUGAAUCCAUCGAUAAUUGGAAGAGUGCUGGCAAAUGAUAAGGAAAGGAUGUUGCGGUAAAUAACACUGUCAUUGCAUGAUUCGAAACUAUACACAGUGAACUGGUUUUUGAUAUUAGUCCUCUGCAGGUAUAUUAAUUUAGUAACAUUUUGUAUUUUUUGUCGUUUAGCAUAUUCUCUAGGUUUGUCUUUAUACCGUAUAAAAAAUUACAAACCAAAGAAGGGUCUCUUAAGAAAAGCUUGGCCCUUCAAGCGGCCAUGAAAGAAGUAAUGGCACAAGUGAUCCGUAGUGUCGGCGUCAUACUGCAGCUCAGGGAUGAUUUCACUGGGCGUCAAGAAGAUGAACUGUUCAAUGAGGUAGUUCAUUUCACAGAAGAACUAACAAUAAAUCUGCAGCCAAUUAUAUGAACUUGUUUGAUAUAUGAACUUGUUUGAUAUGUUCUCGGGGGUGAUGUCUGUUAACUUAUUUGGUGCUAUGUAUAUUUCUAUAUAGAUUGUUUACAUGCGAUGUCACAACUGAAAGGCCAUGCACGUGCUUAAUUAAAUUACUUGUCAAAUUUUCAAAUCCUCGUUGUUUGAGAAGAAACUUUUCUUUUUUUAUGAGAUCAUUGAGAAAACUGGAAUGAAGAACGAACUGUGACCUGUUCUCAAAUCGCACUUCACCGAUGUUGUAAUUCCGCACCACCGGAUGUUUACACUUCAGCAUAUUCAGCAGGAAGAAAACGCAACAUCCGAUGUCCAGUUCAAUGGGAAUGGCAAUAAAGACUUGAUGAUUGAAGUCAUUGAGGAAGUGUUAACAAAAGUCACUGAAGAUCCACAAUCU